UUUAUUGCACUUUUAUUUCUCUCAUGUUUGCAAUAUUAUAAGCAUUAUUUCUUAUUUCUCUAAUCGGUCAUAAUGAUAAUAUUUUAUCACACAAUAAAUGAAAAAUCUUUUAUAAUAAUUUUUUCUAAUCUUUAAAUGUAUAUAUUUAAUUUUUAAUUUUCUUUAAUUAUUGAUUGUUUUAUUCUCUUAUUAAUUAUUUGUUAUUAUAUUCUGAAUUCUAUUUUCAUGAAAUGCUUUUUUUUAGAAUAAAUAUAAAUAAAUUUAAUUUAACCUGAAAUUAUAAUAUGAAUAAUAUACAUAAUUAUUACAGCUAUAUCAUUAACCACAAUUAGUAGAUCUAUAUUCUAUAUUUAUGUGUUUUGAUUAAAGAAAUAAAGUAUUACAUAUUUUAUUAGAUAUAUACAUUAUUACAUUUAUUAUAUAAUAUAUUUGAAGCAAUAAAAUGCGAGUAUUAUAAUAUUGGCAUAUAAUUUUCAAUAUUAUAACUAAGAAAUCUAAAAAAAAAUUAUAUAAUUAAAAUAAACAUACUGUAAUUAAUUAAUUAAGUUUUUAUUCUAUUCUAUUCUAAAUUCUAGUAGUAGUAAAAAAAAUAAAAUAUACAAAAUAAAUAAUAAAUAAUAAAAAUAAAUGAAUAUGAUUAAAUUAAUUAAAGUUUAAAUAGAGAAUAAUUUCCAAAUUAUAAUUCUUAUACUAUAAAAUAGGUACGAUUUAUUGAAAAUAAACGAUGUGACAUACAUAAACGACAUGUAGAUUAUAUUUAUAAACACUAAUACGAGUGAAAUAUUGCGGCUUCCAGUCACAUAUUUGUUACAUAUAUAGAAAGAAUUAUUAUGUUUGCAUCGAAAUUGUUUCAUAUAAAAUCAUGAUAGAACUUUGAUUAAAAUGUAGAUAUAAUCGAAUUGAAUAAAAAAACUACGUUUCUUAAUAUCUCAUUAACAUGAAAUGAUAAAACAAUAAAUUGCAAUAUUAUAAUUAUAAAUAAUUUAAAAAAAAUUGUUUACAUACUAUUAUAUUAAUUAAGUUUAACCUAUCAAUUGAUAUGUAAAAUGUGCAGAAUUCACUUUCAUUGAUAGUGAUAAUAUAAAAGUUCAAAUGAUCGUAUUAUAUAAUUCCUCGUUACAUACUUUGCACACGACUCCCAUAUUUCUGGACGUGUAUACGUACAAAAUGACGUGACGAGUUACUUCAUGAGUGUGGGAUCGGAUCCAUUGGUGUGCACGUGACUGAAUCUCGAUCUAUAUAUCUAUGUCGUAUAGUCGGUGCAUGGGUUUGUGGUAUUGGUUGGCUGUCUAGUAAGCUAGUUGGCCAUCCAAUUAUUUAAACAUCAUCCGCGCAGUCGCGCGAGUCUGUCUCAAUGCUUAGCCAUCGGUUGUGUAGGUACCGGCAUUCAGCAAGUAAAGAUUAUCAGUACUAGUCAGUGGUCUCCUGAUCAGUGAUAUUGCCUGACGCUGCCUCUGUCAGCAGUCUGUCGGACGUAUCGAUAGAGUACACGAUGUUAAGUAUAUUUGAACCACUUCUCGACAUUCCGGUUGUCUACUACGGGGCGCUGCUGGGCGUUGGAUUCUGUAUCUACUAUCUUUUUGAAGUAGUUAAAACACCGAUGCUGGUAUGCGCAAAUGGACCAUUCCGAGAGUUUCUAGAAGAACAUGUACCUCUGGUGAGGAAUAAAUUUUGGCCAACCUUAUGGUGUUUCGAAUCAAGGGCACAGACAAUUAUAGCCAGCAUUCUUAGAUCUCGAAUCUUGCCACCAAUUCAUUAUCGCAGAGAGAUUCUGACCUUGUCAGAUGGAGGUGAAGUGGCUUUGGAUUGGGCAGAAGAAGGAUGUUCUGCUGUUUCGCCAAUUGUGAUUAUUUUGCCAGGACUCACUGGUGCAAGUCAAGCGGAAUAUAUUAAGUGCCUUGUCUCCUCCGCGAAAAAAGUUGGGAUACGAUGCGUAAUCUUCAAUAAUAGAGGGUUAGGAGGCGUAGAAUUGAAGACUCCACGAACAUAUUGUGCUGCAAAUAGUGACGAUUUAACAGAAGUUGUUGAUUAUGUAAAGAAGAUUCAUCCCAAUGUACUUCUUGGAGCAACGGGAAUCUCAAUGGGAGGAUUAAUUUUAGGCAAUUAUUUAGCACGACAAGGAAAAAUAGCUAAAAAUAAAUUGAAAGGAUGCUUCUUGAUUUCUGUACCAUGGAACGUAUUUGCCGCGACAAAGAGCACAGAAGAGAAUUAUUUUAACUUGAUUUUAAAUAAAUAUUUAGCCUUUUCACUUCGGCAACAAGUAAAACGCUUGCAUUAUUCUUCGGAAAGUGGAAUGUUCGAUGUUGACAUUGAUUCUCUUCUUAAAAGUCAAACUGUAAGAGAGUUUGAUUCACAAUUUACGGUGAAACAAUUCGGCUAUAAAGAUGUAGAGGAUUAUUAUUCCAACGCAACUAUACAUGACAAAUUACAUUUGAUUGACGUACCAUUAUUGUGUCUUAGUGCUGCGGACGAUCCAUUUCAACCAGUUCAAGCCAUACCAUUGAAGGAAAUAUCACAAACUAAAAAAAUAGCUGUUGUUGUAACAUCUCGUGGCGGGCAUAUUGGUUUCAUGGAGGGUAUGUGGCCAGUAAAAGAAGAACAAUAUAUGGGUAAAUUAUUUUCACAGUUUUUUACCGCCCUAUUCACUACUAAUUUAGACCAUCAAUUAUUGUGACGAACUUAUAAACUAAAUAUCAAAUACAUUCACAAAUAUCAAUAUCAAAUAUUUCGUUUACAUUCGAGUAUUGUAUAAAAAUUAUCACGUGCCAUAAUUGAAGAUUGGGCAUGGAAAAGGGUAUAAGUAAAAUAUGUUAUAUUAUGAUGAAACUGACUCAUCUUUUAUGAUAUAAAACUUUCUUUUACGUUAAUAAAUAAUAUUUUUAUUUAUUAAAAUAUUAUUAUAUAAAAGAUAUCAGAAUUUAGUAUAUGUAGAAAAAUUAAUUUUUAUAUAUUUUAUCAAUAAGUAAUAUCUAAUGAAAAAGUUUUUUUAUAUAUAUAGCUUUUAUUACAUCCAGUCUUCAAUUAAUCGUGUUCAGGGUAUUGCACAUAUGUGAUUUUUUAGUAUUAAGAAAUAUCAAAUUUUCACAUCGCUUUUAUAUUAAAAAUUGUUCAAUAAUUACCUUUGGGACAUUGAUAUUUAUAAUAUAGAUAUAAUUUUUUACACAUGAAUAUUAUAAAAUAUGUAGAAAUAAAAUAUAUUAUAUUUAUUUUUAAUAUUAUAAGUUUUUAUUAUUAAAUGAAUAUUCAAAUUAAAAUAAAAAAAUUUAGUUUCAUUCAUUUAUAUUGUAUGCAAAUUUUGCUUCAAAUUAUAAAAACUUUAUAUCAUUUGAAAUGUAAUUUUAUGAAACAUAAAUCUACGAAAACAAAAUUGUAAAAAAGAAAAUUUUGUAAUCCUAAAGUUCCUAAAUGUUUUAAAAAUAUCGAAAUUUUAUUAAUAAAUUAUUAAUUUUUAAAAAAUAAAAAUAACAUCACAUUUAAAAAUUUCAUAUUAAUUGUGAUAUUAAAAGCAAAAAUAUACAUAUUGUUAAAUUUUAUAUAUAGUUUCUGUUAUAAACUUUAUACAUAAAUAAUAUAUUGUAAUAAUAUAUUGUAAUAAAAUAUUGCAAAGAAAAA